GCGCCGGGCCGGGCCGGGUCCGAGCCGAGCCCAGUCGCCGGGGCCGAGCCGUGCGGAGCGGGAGGAUGAGGGGCAUCCUCUGCCUCUGCACCCUGGUCCUCCUGGAAGGCAUGGCGGAGGGCGCUGGCCCCAGCAGGGACUGCCUGCAGGCGGGCGAGUCGUGCACCACGGACCCCGUGUGCAGCGCCAAGUUCCGCACGCUGCGCCAGUGCAUCGCGGGCAACGGCGCCAACAAGCUGGGCCCCGACGCCAAGAGCCAGUGCCGCAGCACCGUCAGCGCCCUGCUCUCCAGCCAGCUCUACGGCUGCAAGUGCAAGCGCGGCAUGAAGAAGGAGAAGCACUGCCUCAGCGUCUACUGGAGCAUCCACCACACGCUCAUGGAAGGCAUGAAUGUCCUGGAGAGUUCCCCUUACGAGCCGUUCAUCAGGGGCUUUGAUUAUGUCCGGCUGGCAUCCAUCACUGCAGGCUCUGAGAAUGAGGUGACACAGGUGAACCGGUGCCUGGACGCCGCCAAGGCCUGCAACGUGGACGAGAUGUGCCAGCGGCUGCGCACCGAGUACGUGUCGCUGUGCAUCCGGCGCCUGGCCCGCGCCGACUCCUGCAACCGCUCCAAGUGCCACAAGGCCCUGCGCCGCUUCUUCGACCGCGUGCCCCCCGAGUUCACCCACGAGCUGCUCUUCUGCCCCUGCGACGACACGGCCUGCGCCGAGCGCCGCCGCCAGACCAUCGUCCCGGCCUGCUCCUACGAGGCCAAGGACAAACCCAACUGCCUGGCGCCCCUGGACUCCUGCCGGGAAAACUACGUCUGCAGGUCGCGCUACGCAGAGUUCCAGCUGAACUGCCAGCCCUCCGCGCAGGCUGCGAGCGGCUGCCGCAGGGACAGCUACGCUGCCUGCCUGCUGGCCUACACCGGCAUCAUCGGCAGCCCCAUCACCCCCAACUACAUCGACAACUCCACGUCCAGCAUCGCUCCCUGGUGCACCUGCAACGCCAGCGGGAACCGGCAGGAAGAGUGCGAGAGCUUCCUGCACCUCUUCACCAACAACAUCUGCCUGCAAAACGCCAUCCAGGCCUUUGGCAACGGGACUCACCUGAACACAGCCGUGGCCCCGUCCAUCCCCCCCACCACACAGAUGUACAAGCAGGAGCGAAAUGCCAACAGAGCUGUGGCUACCCUCAGAGAGAACAGCCUGGAGCACCUCCAGCCCACCAAGGUGGCUGGAGAGGAGAGGCUCCUGCGUGGCUCCACUCGAUUGUCCUCAGGCACCUCCAGCCCAGCAGCCCCUCCCUGCCGGGCAGCCUCCCUGCUGCAGAUGUGGCUCCUGCUGGCUCCUGCUGUGCUGAGCCUCCCCGUGAUGUGAGGCAGGGCUGGCACACAGCAGGCACAGACUCGAUUUGUGUUGGUUUCUUUACUGAACAGCCACACCACUAACUGUGUCAGGAGGAGAGCAGGGAGAAGGGAGGGGAUGGGAAGGCAAGGUGAGUGUUUGGGCAUCCCUUCCUCCUCCUCCUCAUCUGUCUGCCAGUUUAUUUGAUUUUAUAUGGUCAGCAUUGUUGACAGCCAGCUCAUUCUUGGUCCUGGCCACCUUUCCACGCCACAGCUUGGUUGUUGUUCCUCCAGCUCUCUAUGGAUAGGGCUGGAGCUAUGGACAAUUUCCUUGGAAAAGAUGGAGGAGGGAGUUGAUCCAAGAAAUGAGAGCUGCAAAGGAAAUGCUUCUUCCUGCCCCAGCCAAGAGGGGAAGGACUUGGAUGGAUGGAUGGAUGAAGGGAUGACCUGCCAGGAGGUUUCCUGAAGCCCACCCUGAGGGACUCUGGCCAGGACAUGUCCAGUGAUGUGGAGCUCAGAUGCUCCAGAACCUGAAGGACAACGCCCCUGGUUCCUUCAGACUGCAGAAGCCAGAAGGCUGCUGAGAAGGAGGUUGGUUCUGUUCACUGGAGAGGAGCCUGAAGCACCUCUGGGGAGGACCAGACUCUGAACUGGCUGGCAGGGAUUUUCCACCCUCUCAAAACCAUGGCCAGAGUGGCACCAGCAUCCAUGUCCCAGCUGUCACCGGCCCCCAGGCCCUCCUCCUUAGGGAGCCCCUGUCCUGUACUGACGGUAUUCAGGAAGAAACACGUGUGUUGCAUUUUGUUUACAGCUGGAUUUUUGUGUCCCAACCUAAACAUCUCUAUCCUCCGGUCCUGUACAGUACUUGGGGCAUUUUUUUCUCAAAUCCAAACAAGCAGAGGCCAAUAUUGUCCCACUCCAGGCUACCCUCUCUCCAUCAGGGGCCAGUAUGAGCCCAUGGGCAGGGUUUGAUGUGAGCCCAGCACAUCCCACUCUCACCUGCUACCUGCUCACCCACUGGUCUCACAGGCACAGGGUCUCAGCCAAGGGAUUUCAUUAGGGAAGAGACAGGAUAGGAGAGGUUUGCUGGAUACCACCCUGAAGACAGACAUAGCCAGGCAAGAAAGGCCAAGUCAUGAAUUAUACCGUGGGCAAGGACUGGAUUGAGUUUUCCCUCCUUGAAGAACUGGCAGAGGCACCCACCUGUGUCCAGGUGAGCAGGGGAAGGGCUUUGCCGUUGCCAGCUCCUGUGUUUUCAGUGAAGAUGUCAUUUAAGCAAAGGCUGAUGAAGGGAUUCUUCCUGCUGAGCUGCAGAGGAGCCUGGGGGGAAGGUGAGGAUGGAUGUCUCUGGUGUCUUGGGGCACAGGGAGGCAGGUGUGUCACCUUGGACUGCCUGAGCAUCCCAGGGUCUUUCCUUGAGCUGAGGGGUCCCAGUGCCCUCUUGAGGGGCUGAACCCCUGUGCUGUGUGGAGCCAGGAAAGAAGAUGGUAAGGAAGAGAGAGGUUUCCCAGGAUAAAUGCUUCCCCAGGCUGGGUGCCAUGGGAGGAAGAGCAAUAGCCCCAGAAUCCCCUGAGUGCAAUUAGGCCUGGCCUUUGCAGCCGUCCAUUUAUUCCUUGGUUUGUGCUCCUCCAAUAAAUAUCAUUAAUCCCUUGGCAUUUGAAUGCAUGGAAAGGCUUAGGAAGCAUCUGACACAGCAAAGCCCAUUGCUUUUUAUUCCCAUUUCCUGCAAAAACUCUCACAUUAUUGCUUCAGAUUUUCUGAGAAACUGUAGCAACUUCCUUGGCUUUUGUUCCAACAAGAAACCCCUCUGGUUUUCAGCUGAACACCUGUGGAUGUGUCUGACCUGAACAGAAAUCCUCCUGUGCAUCCUGUCCAAAGUGCUGCUCCUUGAGGUCCUCAGGGCUGGAGCACCAGGUUUUCCUAAUCCAGGGCUGUGCAGAGGAGCACACCAAGUUCAAGGCUUGUGUGCAGGGUGACAAGCCACACCCUGAGCUAGAAGUUGUACGUGAGAACUUCAUGGCUGGGGGCUCACUGUGGUCAGGAAAGCAGACAGGGAGGGAGAGCAGGAGGCAGGAAAGUCCUUUCAAAGUGACCCAGGCUUGCUGUGAACAUCUCCCCUUUAUCAGGACAUCAGUGUCUCCUGAGAGAUGAAUCCCUGGUUGCUCAGCCCUUCAAAGCAAGGAACUACCUCAGCACCACGAGGUCCUGCUGGAAUCCCAUUCCUCUGUCCCUUUCCUUGCUGGUCCUGUAGUUACCUCUGCUGUCCCACACAGCUGGCCCCAUCCAUCCAGUCUCCACCAGCCCCCAGUGGUGCACAGGCUGAGUGUGCACAGGAUGGGGUGCAAGUGUCAGCUGUGUCCAGGAGCACCCAUCCUGUGUCCUCACUUGUCAGUGAUGCUGAAGUGCCACUUUGCCACUUCCUUCUCAUUCAGCAGAGAGUUCUUCUGGUGGUCCCACCUCAGCUCUCCCUGCAGACUGGUGUGCUGUAAAAAGAGGUGGAGAAUCCUUCUCAAGGACUGGACGGGAUGGAGGAGACCUGCAGAGGUCACCUCAUCCCAGUACCAUGUCCCACAUCAGCACCUAGUUUAGCAAUUUCCAUGAGAGACAUCAUCAUCUCCCCUGGAUUUACAUCACAGAAUCGUGGAAUGGGUCAGCUCAUGGGAAGGCACCCCUUCCACUGGACCAGGUUUUUCCAAGCCCCAUCCAGCCUGGCUCGGACACCCCAGGGGUUCCUUGCUUUAAAGACUCUGCAGAUGUUUGUUGUCUCCACGCAUCAGAGCCCAGCAGGAUCCUCAGCUCCCCUGUCUGGGCCUCCAAGCCCUGUCCCAGGCCAGGUCCUGCCCUCCUGGGGGUUCUUUGGGGUUCACAGAUGCUUUGGAAUGAAGUGGAUGAGGCACAGAGCAAGGAGCCUCUCACCCAGCAGGAAAGAGUUGGGGGGUAGGAAAUAACAAAAGAAAAAAAAAUCCCCAAUACAUCCCAUGGCUUUGUUCUGAUUAUUUCACUCUUUUCACCAAUAUUUAAUGUUGAUUCUCCCUCCAAGCCUGUUCAUGAAUCAGACUUUGCAAAAAAGGAUGACUUUUGAACCUUUCUUUUGGAGGAAGCAAACAUGAUUACUCUCCUCCCACCCACCAACAUGUGUGCACAGACCACUGCUUUUUCCUUGUGAAAAGUCAGUACUUUUUUUGGAUGAAGUUCCAUCUCUGCUAAAUUCUGUGAAGUGAACCAUGGAUCUUCAUUUUAAACUCCCUUGAUUAACCACAGAAGUCAUAGCAGCUGCUUGUAAAGGCAAAAGACUGAGUGAGCCAAGAGGCAGAAAGGGAGACAAUUUUUUUUUUUUUUUUUGGAAUUACUACUCCAUUCCUGAGGACUUCCAUAAGCACAAAGAAAAAUCCUGGGAAAAAGAAAAGAAAAAAACAGUUGAAGAACCAGCCAGCCUUUCUGUAGCCACUGAACUCUUAUUUUUUUGGCUGCACAGCACCACUCAUGAUGGUGGGCAGCCCUGAGGGCCUGUGAAAUAUUGUGUAUGUACUUCCCCUGUCAUGUCAUGCCAUGCCCAGCACUGUCCAGGCUGGAGCAGAGCUGGGAGGGGACCCAGGGCUGGGAGAUGGAGCCCCAGGGGUGCACCUGCACGAGGGGAGGGUGGUGGGUGCCAGCCCAGACUAGGGUCAGACUUGUACUUACCUUUUCUGUAAUGUCAGUAUUUAAACAUAUCCAUGAAUAAAGCACACAUGCAUUUUCCUGA